AAUCUUCAUAUAUUGACAGAUUCAUGUCUGUUAAUGAUUGUGAACUCAAUGUUGAAUUGUUGAUUAAGAACUUGAAGAAUGUGAUAAUAAAGAAAUUAUCUGUGAUAUAUAUAACUGAGUCUUCUGUGUCUAUCUCUUUCUCUUCUACUGCUUCUUCUAAAUCUUCUACACUUGCCCCUGUGUUCUGUUCUCCUGCUCCCGCAACCCCGGGUUCUGCUACUCUCACUUCUGCUACUUGUGUCUCUGCUAUCUCUGCCACUGCUUCUGCUUUUAUUAUCAACUCUCCCUGUUUCAAGAAGAUGGUGUAUAGGCUUGAUAAAUCACAUUUAUCA